AUGCUAAUAUGUUGUAAUACAGAAAAAACACUUUAUGAUAAACAAGAUGACAUGAAUACAAAUAAAAUCUAUCCUUUGGGAAAGUCUUCAAAGGAAUCUUCCUUUUAUCAAUUAGAUGGAAAUCAUAUGGACAAAAGUUUUGUUCCUAUUGCUCGUUGGCGAUCUAAAUCUACAAAAAAUGAUAAUAAAAAAUCUGAAUGUCUUUGGAUAAAUCCUAUUGAUCCAUAUUUAACAUUAUUUGAAGCUACAAAUUAUGUUGAUUCUGUCAAAAAUGUUUUGCCAUGCAAUGAGGAUGAUGCAGCAAACUUUUCUAAAUAUGAGUAUGAAUUAAACUAUGAUGAAGAACACCUUUUUCGUUGUUAA